UUAUCAAACAUGACUGAUCUAGAUGUGGAAGAUUCUUUAACUAAGUUAAAUACUCAAUUAAAUAAAAGUAUGGUUUUGAUGGAUACUAUGGAAACUGAAAUAUCUCAGCCAAAAGGUAAUAAAUCUAUAAAAAUUAAUACAAAAAUUCAACCAUUAAGCCCCUCUAAUUCAACACCUGCAUCUCGAAAAAGUAUUCUGAAGAAAACUAAGAACACAAUUAUAGUAGAGACAGAACAAAAUGUCACAAAUAACAUUGAAAUAUUAAAUGAAAUAAAUCAUAAUAGAACACCAAUGAAUAUUUCAUCUACUAUAAGACCACAUAAUAUCAAUGAUUUGAUACAGAAAGAAGAUUUAAUUGUAGAAACUACAGAUACUACAUUUAGCUUAGAUGAUUUAUCUGAUAAUGAAGACAUAUGGAUUAUGGAUAUCCCUGGAACAGUAGAUCCAAAAGAACUUAAAGGCCAGACUUUAAUGUUUGGAGAAAAAUCUAAAUUUAAAAUUAAAGAAGAAAGAUAUUGUACAGUGAAUCAUGAAGUAAAAUGUAAUGUUACAUGUGUACUUCAUACUGGAAAAGUAAAAUCAAGAUAUAAAACUGUUAAUAUGAAACCAGCAGGCACAAUUACUGUCAGACGAAAACUUUCAAGUAUUUCGAAAACUAAACCAAUGCAAAUAGAAAACUGCAGUGUGCCAUUUCCAAAAAAUUUGAGAAUUCGACAUCCUUUAUUUGGUGUAAGUUACGAAGGUAAUGUCAGAAAAAUGUAA